AAAAAGAAGAAAAAAAAACAAAAAAGAGAGGUAGGGAAGUUCUGAGUUUCUAACCUCAUCAAAAAAAAAAAAAAACAAAAAAAAAAACUUCAACUUCAAUCAAAUUCACAGUCUUCUUUAUUAAAAAAAACACAAAAAUUUCAAAUCCAGCAACAUUCUGCCUAAAUUUACAGAAGUAGAAGAAUAAGAUGGAAGAAAAUUGGGGGAUGAAGAAAUUCGUAAUGGGUAUAUUAAUGUUUUGGAGUUUAAGAUUAUUAAAAGGAGCAAAUGGGUUAAGAUUUGUGAUUGAUAGAGAAGAAUGCUUCUCUCAUAAGAUUCAAUAUGAAGGAGAUAAUGUUCAUUUCUCGUUUGUUGUUAUCAAAGCUGAUACCCCUUGGCAUCAUGAGAACGAAGGAGGUGUCGAUCUAGUGGUGAGAGGACCUGAAGGUGAACAACUCCAUGACACACAUGACAAAACUAGUGAGAAGUUUGAGUUUAUUGCUCACAAGAAGGGGGUCUACAACUUUUGUUUUACUAACAAGUCCCCAUAUCAUGAAACCAUAGAUUUUGAUGUCCUUGCCGGCCACUAUGGAUACGUUGACCCUCACGCAAAAGAUGAGCAUUUGAGUCCAGUGUAUGAACAGAUUUCUAAAUUGGAGGAAGCUCUCUACAAUAUUCAGUUUGAACAACACUGGUUGGAGGCUGAAACCGAUCGGCAAGCAUUAAUUAAUGAAGGAAUGAGCCGAAGAGCGAUCCAUAAGGCAGUGUUUGAAUCAGCAGCCCUUGUUGGGGCGAGCGUUCUCCAAGUCUACCUGCUCAAACGCAUGUUUGAACGCAAGCUUGGGACAUCAAGAGUAUAGAGCAUCAUUCCACUUUUCUCUUUGUGCUUACGCUGUCCCCCUUUCGCUUUCGCUUUCGCUUUCGCUUUCCUUAGGCAGUUCAAAUUAGCAGCUUGGGUCUUUGUAUGUUCAGAAUUAAUGUAGUAUAAUUGUAACAUCUAUGGUAGAUGUAUAUCUUGUAUUCCUUUUUAUUUUUGGUUAAACCGCACCCUUUUUAGACAAUGUAAGUUAGAUGUGCGAAUGCACUUCGAGGAGUCGUGCAAACAAAUUCUUCAUGGUUAGAGAAUGCUCGUGUUUAGUUGCUAUGAAGUCUCUUUGAAAGUACA